AUGGCUCCCAACUCAAAUAUCCGCCACACCCUCGAAGAGGCCGCAAAUAACAUCUCAGGUCUAAUCAAACGGAUUUCUAUACCCUUGACACCGACAAGCCCGCCGGGUCUCGUUCAAGCACAUACAAUCGAUCCAUGGGAGAAGUCAGGGAAAUAUGGUCGAGGAUGGUCCUACUUUGCACUCGCCUUGAUGGGCACCGUGCUCAUCAUGCGCGUCUGGCACUUUUGGCAAGACAAAAUUCGACAAGCUAUUUAUAAGCAAGAAGUAGAGGAACAUUAUCAAAACCUCUAUAAUGCUGAGAUUGAAGCCACAUCUGGAAUGAGAAGUGGUCAAAGUCAGCACUUCUUCCCUGAAGGCCACGACGCGAUGGGCGAGAAGCACUUCCGACCCAAGGCGCACUUCUCUUCUGUUAACAUCAUCAAUGACACGCUGGCUCUGUUUCGAUGGAUAUUCUAUCGCCCCAUUCCAGACUUCGUAUGGGGAAAACGCCGAGUCACAUUCUCCUCUCUGGCAGUUCUCACCACUGUCUUCGUCACUCUUGUCUUUGUGGUGCUCUAUUGCUUCCUGCAGCAACCUCUCUACUGGCAGAGCAUUCAGUUUGGGUCACCUCCGCUGGCUAUCCGAGCUGGCAUGAUCUCUAUCGCUUUGACCCCCUGGAUCAUUGCGACCAGCAUGAAAGCAAACCUACUUACCACUAUUAUUGGCAUUGGCCCAGAGCGGCUGAAUGUUUUCCAUCGAUGGGCAGGUUACUUGUGUUUGCUUCUAUCACUUAUUCACGCUAUCCCCUUUUAUAUCCAGCCUGUUUGGGAUGAUGGUGGUAUGGAAGUUUUUCAACGCCUGUUUCCUGGUGGUAGUGGCAUCAUCUACGGCACAGGUAUUGCCUGUCUUGUUCCCCUUAUCUGGCUAUGCGUCGCCUCACUUCCUUUCAUCAGGAGAACAGCUUACGAGGUCUUUGUGGUUCUCCACGUUCCAGUUGGAAUGGUUUACGUCGGUCUCCUGUUCUGGCACACAAAGAAUUUCCUCAUGUCCUGGGCAUAUCUCUAUACAACGAUUGGCAUCUGGGCCUUUUGCUAUUUCUUGAGGCUUUUCAAGUUGAACUGGCUCAAGCCCUGGCGCAUGUCUUUUAUGGUUGGCGAUGAAGCAGCCAUUACUCUUAUGGCCGAAAAUGCCAUCAAAGUCACUAUCCCAACACAGAUGAAGUGGAAGCCUGGCCAAUACGUAUACUUGCGAAUGCCGGGGAUUUCAAUCUUCGAGAACCACCCCUUCACUAUUUCUUCCCUAUGUAGCGAUGAUUUCCCAUCAGAGUACGGCGAGCAAUACCGUGACUGCACCUUGGUUUUUCGACCCUACGGCGGAUUUACACGCAAGGUGCUGGACACUGCCAUUGAGAAAGGACCUUUCCAUACUUAUCGUGCGUUCCUGGAUGGCCCUUACGGUGGCAUGCGCCGCGAUCUUGCUGCCUUCGACACCUGCAUUCUUAUCGCAGGUGGUAGUGGCAUCACAGCACUCGUGUCACAGCUUCUCAACCUUAUCAAAAGAAUGAGAGAUGGUAAGGCUAUUACCAAGAAGGUUGUGGUGGUCUGGGCUUUGAAGCGACUGGAAGCUAUGGAUUGGUUUAGGGAGGAACUUCGGAUUUGCCGCGAGGCCGCUCCCCCAGAGAGUGUUACUUGCAAAUUCUUUGUGACCUCGGCUGUAAGAUCGCGUCCAAACCUGGACGGCGCAAGCCCCUUCAACCAGAACAAUCCAAAUGGCCCCAACGGACCCAGAGCCCUGAGCCACAUGUUCCAUGAUAAGCUGGAUGGAUUUGUCGCGGGUAUCGCCUCCAAGAGAAACUCGGCCUUGAUCCAAUCUGAGGCUCAGGGGGACCCAGAGCGUGAGCGCGAGCUUCGUGCCGAGGAUGAGGACCGCAUUACUGCUCUUCCACAGCAAAAGUAUCUCCAGCCUCAUUCAUUCCCACCUCCACCCCCAGGACCGCCUCCCACCAACCGGGAGGAAUCUCUCCGAAGGCUUGAAGGGCAUGGCUAUCCUGAAGAUAAGAAACCUCCGAUCGACGAUGUCGAUGAAUCUACAGUGAACGAUGGAGAAUUUCACUUCAGACCCAUGAAAAAUGACAAUCCUCCUCAGUUCAACUACGCACCUCGAUCACCUCAGCGACUUCCAGAAUCGUUCCCCACCGAGGAAGAAGCAUUCCCAGUGCGAGCUCCGGAGCUUGCACAUCUUAGGACGGCCAACCCCGAGGCCGGAAGAACACGACCUACAUCCACUUUUGGACCGCCAUCUGGCUUCGAUUUCGGGUUCCCGCAAACCCCAACUGAGUUCCAGAAGAGUCUGAUGCGAUUUGCGUUUCCAGUGCCUCAUCAGAUCGAUGGAGGCUGGAGCGUCGAGUAUGGGCGACCAGACCUGGGCUACAUGCUCAAAGAAUGGGCAACCGGAGGUGCUGAUGGACGAGGUAUUCUCGGCCGACGCACAGCUGUAUUCGUUUGUGGCCCCCCAGCCAUGAGAGUUGGUGUUGCUAACACGGUAGCUCGACUCCAGGCAGAGAUCUGGGGUGAUGAUGAGCUAGAAGAAAUCUUCUUACACACAGAGAACUACGCUCUGUAG